AAGAGCGAAGGGAGCUCGCCUGGAAAACCUGCACCACGUGGUGCCUGGCUCCCAGCAAAACCCUGCUAGGCUGAGCAUAGUAGGAGCAGGCGGGGAGUGGCCACGGCGGGGGAGGGGACCGAGCCAGCGGGAGCGAGUCGCCUGCGAUGGUGCAAGGCAGGAGACCUGCGGGGAGAGAGACCAGGGGAGCAACAGCUCAGUGCAGCCUCUUGCAGGCAGGGUGGGCGCAGCGCGGGAGCAUCAAAAGUGCUUCGGCAAGGAGCGGGUUAAUAGGAAAAACCCACCCCAGCCGCUCACAAAAGCCACUGCAGGUUGGUUUGCCUGGGGACUGUUCACCCCGCCUGCUGGGAGGACGGGAGCGAGCGAGAUGGCUUGGAGCAGUGGCUUGAUUUUCCCCGAGAUGCUGGCAAGUCCUUGGCAGGAGGCGGAGAACUGCUCUUUUUAAAAGGCAUUGGGCCAAGGAACCCAACAGCCCCAAACAGGGCAGGAGCAAUAGAAAGUGGCAGUUUGGGGAUCUGGCUGAGGGGUGUGUGUGUGUGGGCAGGGGGGGCCGCGACACCCCUGGCUCCUGUUGUAUUUUCGGGGGAUGGUGUCGGUGUCUUUUCCUGCCCGUCGCAGAAAGGAUGGAAUGAGCCUCCCUGGGAUUUGAUGCUUCACCUCCAUGGGCCAGACAGGUGGAGGGUGUCUGCUCGGAGCUAGAGCGAGAGCCAGCCAGGUGGGCUGCUGAUUUCCUCCACCCUGGGAAACGCCUCUGCUUUUUGUACGCUUCUCCGUGGCCCCGGGGACCCUCCUCCCGCUGGGUCGUGCCCGGCGCGGGUGGACUCCGAUUGCUUAACCCCAGGAAGGACGCGGCACCCCCGAGUGCGGUUCCCCGCAGCGAGGACAGCCCGCUUUCUGGGUAUGCUGCCGAAAACUCACAGGCUAACGUCUGACACGGUCUCGUUCAUCGUCGGGCUGGACUUCCAGAGAGUCUCCAUGAGCAUCGGCCAUCUCCAGCCACCUGACUCCAGACGGGCUCUUGCAGCGGGGAGCGGCUGAGGGCAGACGCCGCAGAGCGCCCGGUUUGAAUUCUUUGGCUAGGAACAAUUCAUAAAAAGUUGGCCUCCGCAAUCAAAGCCGCCGGUGCCCCGGGAGUGCUCGGGGCGUGCUCUGCGCCCGGGGGAUCGCUCCGAUCCGCUUUGGGCAGGGGACCUGCACCCACUGACCAUCGGCCUGGAGCUGGCCUCCCCAGCCUCGGAGCGGGGGUGCCUUGCACCAGCCCCCCGUGAGGGCUCCUCUCACGCCUCCUCCCCGCACGCAACCAGUGGAGAGUGACAGUCCCGGGCAAGCCUCUGCCCCACCUCCCCGGCCCCUCUGGCGUGCUCGCCGCUGCAGCCUCUCCCCCACCCUCUCCAGAAGCGACCCCCCUUCCCCCUGGGCGGCAGCUCUCCGCCCCGGUGCAGCCCUGCCCGAGGCAGCUCUGAUGGGGAGGCUGCUCCCUCUCCCCCUCCCCUCCAUUCCUCCCCUCCCCCUCGCCAGCCUGAGAAGUGCUGAGUAAAGAAACUUGUCGGAGGAGCAGCAGAAACCCAACCUCCCCUUGCACCGAGUCUGCCUUGCUGCUGGGUGGCUCCCCCAGCCCUUCCCGCCUGCCCCCCCCCACCCCUCUCCCCGUGCCGCUCAGCCUCUCCUCGCCAGCACUCGAGGGCUGGUCCUCCCCUCCCCAGGACAGUGGGGCUCGUCUCCCCCCCCCCAGCCCACUCCUGGAGGCAGCGGGGAGGGGGGUGCUGUGCAUGGCCCUGCGCACUGGGACGUCUUGGCUUGGGCAAGUCCUGCGUAGAGUUUCCCGGCUGCAGGGCACCUGGUCCAGGCGCUCCAGCAGCCUCCUGUGCCUGUCUUCCUCCCAGGAGCCCGAGCAGGGAGGCGGGGAGCAGCCGCCCCGGCGCCUCGGGAGCAGCCGCCGCCCCCCGCAGCUGCCCCCCGCCAGCUGCUGCUGCUGCACCCUGUCGGAUCCCCGGACGGCCAGGGGGGGACAUGGUCCCCUCACUCGCCCCUUGCUGGCGGCCAUGAAGCGGCAGAACGUGCGGACCCUGUCCCUGAUCAUCUGCACGUUCACCUACCUGCUGGUCGGGGCCGCCGUCUUUGAUGCCCUGGAGUCCGACAACGAGAUGCGGGAGGAGGAGAAGCUCAAAGCCGAGGAGAUCCGGCUCAAAGGGAAGUACAACAUCACCAGCGAGGACUACCGGCAGCUGGAGCUGGUCAUCAUGCAGUCCGAGCCCCACCGGGCCGGGGUCCAGUGGAAAUUCGCCGGCUCCUUCUACUUUGCCAUCACCGUCAUCACGACUAUCGGUUAUGGACAUGCCGCCCCAGGGACGGAUGCCGGGAAAGCCUUUUGUAUGUUCUACGCUGUCCUGGGGAUCCCACUGACGCUGGUCAUGUUCCAGAGCCUGGGCGAGCGCAUGAACACCUUUGUCAAGUACCUCCUGAAACGGAUCAAAAAGUGCUGCGGGAUGAGGAGCACCGACGUCUCCAUGGAAAACAUGGUCACUGUGGGUUUCUUCUCCUGCAUGGGAACCCUCUGCAUUGGAGCAGCAGCCUUUUCCCAAUAUGAGGAGUGGAGCUUUUUCCAUGCUUACUAUUACUGCUUUAUAACAUUGACUACGAUAGGAUUUGGUGACUAUGUGGCCCUGCAGACCAAAGGGGCCCUCCAAAAGAAGCCAGUCUACGUGGCUUUUAGCUUUAUGUACAUUCUAGUGGGGUUGACAGUCAUUGGGGCAUUUCUAAAUCUGGUUGUUCUCAGGUUCUUAACCAUGAACAGUGAGGACGAGAGACGGGAUGCCGAGGAGCGGGCAUCCCUGGCAGGGAACCGCAACAGCAUGAUUAUCCACAUUCAAGAGGACGCCCAGCACGUUCGGCCACGGUACAAGGCCGAAGUAACAGAUCUUCAGUCAGUUUGUUCCUGCAUGUGUUACAGGUCCCAUGAGUAUACCAGCCGGAUGGUGUCUCACCAAAAUUCGUUCAGCUCCAAGCUGAAUCCUCAGUACUUUCACUCCAUCUCUUAUAAGAUAGAAGAGAUCUCACCAAGCACAUUAAAAAACAGCCUUUUCCCAUCUCCUGUUAGCUCCAUCUCACCUGGGUUGCACAGCUUUACAGAUAACCACAGGCUGAUGAAAAGGCGAAAGUCCAUUUAAAGUGAUUUGUCUUCUUUUGCUUUACUUGUUUCCCCCAAUUACCUUUUUUGUUUCUUGAGUGAGACGGAGCGAGGCCAAAGGGAAUAGAAAAAGCCAGUCCUCCUCUGAGACUCAGCUCUUGAGCAUGAAGCAUGGAUUAUUACUGUUCCAGCAAAGUAUGCCUUACAUUACCCCCUCGGUGGAUUUCAGAGGAUUCGAGGUGACAUGAAGUGGGUACCAAAUCCAAAGUUGCACACAAAGCUGGGAGCCUUCAUGUGCCACUGGCACUCCUGACCUAAUAAACUAUUUUCCUCUCAAGCAGGUCGCUGUGUGCGUGUGCGCGUGUGUGUUGAGUGCGUGUGUGUGCAAUUCUACAACUAGUGCCAUGUGACAAAAAUGCAUCAGGUAUUCAUUUUUUUUCCCUUGAAGCAAUUGUGUUCCAGCCUGCUUUUAACUUUUAGACUGCUUCCAAAAGAAUAGGGGACGGGGGAGCCAAUUUGUUUUGUUUUUGCCAAGUCAAGCAUGUGUCAUAAGCAGUCAAUAUACCAGAUGUAUCAUGAUCAAUUUUUGAAUGCUAGAUUUUAGAUUGUAUUAACAUUAAAAAAAAAAAGAGGCAGGAAAAGAUGGAUCAUUUUAGCUUGCCAGUUCAAAAUUAAAAAUAAAAUAAAAUAAAAAUAAAGCAUGCACUUUGUAAAACUGGUAUGCAUUAUAAAAAAAACACAAGAAAAACUAGCAAUGGAAUUAAUAAUCAAAAGCAAAUAAUAUAAUUGAUUUAACUACAUUUACUUUCACCAUUUGCUACUGUUCCAACAAUUUGUUGUGCAAGUAGAAUUUUUUAAGAGAAAUUGGGAAAAUUGUUGGAACUAU